UUAUUCGAAGCAUUAAUUUGUGUUGCACGACACGUAUUUUACUCAUGUGCUGCGUAAAUCGUGAUUUCUACGUCAAGUCAACUCAAUUCUCGUUAUCAAAAGGUGUCUCCAAGAGUUCAAGGUUCUAUUUCGUCAGGCACUUUCCAAACUUUCUGUUUUCGUCUACAUGUCUAAUUGUCAGUAAGAAUACAAAGAAGAUAAACUAUCCAUAUGCUUAUCCUUUAGUAAAGGAUCAUUUAUAAAAGUGGCAUGAAAAUGAAGAUUCCAAGCAGUGGUUCGGGUAAUGGUUAUUAUGGCCAUGAGAAUAGUGUGAUAACAUACUUUGAUACUAAUCUUGAUACGGAAGCUGAUGUUCAAGGAGGUAGCGAUGGUGAUUUUUCGGAAUAUCUUUGGAUGGAGAACGAAGAAGAAUUUGAUAAACAGGUACUGCAACAAUUGGAAGAGGAAGAGCUAAUGGAAGAAUGUUUGGAGGCUAUGUUAGAAGAAGAAAGACAACAUGAAAGAAACAUUAAUUCAACUGCUUGGUCGACUGCCGCUAGUAUUCCGUACAAUAAUGGUGCUGAACUUUGUCAACAACUUAGUGACUUGAGAAUGCACGAUGAUCUUGCCAAACAGAGUACAUUAAAUCCAGAUGCAGCUGAAUUCAUCCCAGCAUUCAAGGCAACAGUGACGACUGUAAGUACACCAACAGAAGUCACUGCUGAAUCAUCGUAGAGGGCCUACUUCUUUUUGUUUAAGACACUAUUAUAAGGCUACUAUCGUAGCUAAAUUUCGCAAUCCUUGAUCAAGCAGCCGUAUUAACAAAAUCUAAUUAGGAACUAAAUGAUUGUGGCUAUACUUAAAACAGUAUGAAAUAAUAUGACAGUGGGUAGUAUAUGACAUUGUUAUUUAAUGUCGAAAAUUAGUAAGAUCAGUUGCAUAAUUACUGACAGAUAGAUGCUGUACAUUACUCACAUCUUUAUGGACAAAAUAAUAUCCUAUAUUAUGGCCAUUUAAUUUUGUGCCGGAUUUGUGUUGACAGAAUUAAUAGCUACAUGCAUAAGUUACUGAUUACAUAAAUUUAUCUAGGUUAACAUCCCUUUCAUUAUGUUUCUUCUUCUCAAAUAUCAUUUAUUGCAUUCUUUACUGACAUUUUAU